AUUCCCACAGCCUGCUUCAGUCUUUCUACACAACAGUUAUGCACAUCAAAAUGCCUUCAAGGACAGAGGUAUUGUGGAGCUAUUUUGGCAGAGUGUUUCCCUACAGGAAUGCAGGAGCAUGUCUAUAAAACACGUCCUCCUUUCCAAUUCAUCCCAAAAUGAGAACUUGACACUGUUGUGACUGUAAAGACAUGGGCGUGCAGACAGGGUGUUGGCUGUUGCUGCUUUUGCCUGUGGCUGUGGUCACAGGGCCACUCCAUACUGCAGAGAGAAAGCUGGACCAGAGCCAGGACCUGACACCAGUCCAUUCACUACCAGGGCAGCAGCUCUCAGAGCCUGUAGCCUGUGUUCAGGAGCAGCAGCAGAGUCCCCCGGAUGCUGUGGGUGUCUUUGUGCAAGCUCUGCGUGAUGGCUGGAGUAAACACAGUGAGCUGGGGAAGGAGGAAUUGGCACGGUUUGGAUUUUGCUCUCAUUCUGAUCGUUCAGAGCAUCAGCAGUUUUCAUCUGUGUUAAUGCUGGGGCAGAAAGCUCAUGAAGAAAACAGUGGUCCAGGAUAUUUCCACACUCAAAAAGAGCACUGGGAUGUUGAAGACGAUGGAAAGUUUACAUUGACUUUUCAUCUCAUGAAACCCUGCAUGGCUUAUCAACAAAAUACUGUGGCCUCUGUUGUCAUCUUGUUCUUUAUGGACACCACUGCCACUGAGGAGUUAAACCUGAAGUUCAGCAGCCAUGGCCUUCAGCCUAACAAGCAGGCAGUGUGUGUUUCUAAGAACACACAGUUUCUUCUACUGACAGCUGACCAGACAAAGUUUUUUACUCAUGCUCAUCUAAAGCUGAGGAUUGUUGUUGAUGCUAAGAAUGACAGUGGGCAGAAAAUUGGUUUGGCUGACCUUCAAGCUAUUCUGAUGAAGAGGGACAUCAGGACCAAUACUCCACUGAGCCCAGUGGUUCUUGUCUAUACACACGGAACUAACAGUGUGUCAGAAGCAUCACAUUCUAAUCAAACAUUCUUCUUCUUGUGUGAGCUACAGACGUUCCUGAAAGAAGUGCUCCCUCAGGGGAAUGCAGCAGAGACACCAGAGGAGGCCUCAGUGUCUAUGAAUGUUCUUCAUUCUCUGCCUCCUCUAAAACUUGGAGUGUCAUCGAGUGAGUCUGUUCUUCUGGAGCUGAUUAAUUCCUCCAGCCACACCGUCUUCUCCUUCCCCCGCCAGAGCCUUGGACUGCAGGGCCACCGAGUUGAGCUGGCCUUGAACCCUGUGCUGCUGUCUGUGCUGAGACUACGGCUGGACGAGGCUAUAGCUCAGAUCCACAAGGAGGAGGCUGGCCACAGUGUGAAGGACAAGCUGCAGAUUCUCACUGCCCUCACUGCUCUUCCUGAUGAUGGACAGGGUGUGGAAACAGGUUUGGAGAAUACUAAUGAGGUCCAAUACAGAGCCCUCUUGCUGCUGAAGGCUUUGCAAGCUGUGUUGGGUAUAUGGGCAGCGGAAAGAACACAGCGAGCAGCUAGAGCUGACCAGGAUGGCACAACAAAGCCCACACAGUGCCGACUCCAGAGUCUUACCGUGUCUUUAGAGAAGUACCUGUUGGAGCCUGCUACAGCCAACAUUAAUAACUGUGAAGGAACAUGUGGUUUUCCACUGACCAGUGGCAACAACCAUGCCAUACUGCUAAACAGCCACGUCCAGAGUGGACAGCCUCUGAACCGCACACUCUGCUGCGUGCCUGUGGAAUAUGAUGACCUGAGUGUGAUUGAGCUGGACAGUGACGGCACCACUAUCUCUUACAAAACCAACACGAUAGCCAAAUCCUGUGAAUGUCGCUAACAGUGUCAGAUUUAAAAUCUGGACAGAUGUACAAUACAGGCCAAAAUGUCAACAUGUAGUGAUGUGACGGUGUUUGCUACUAAUUAUUCUGACAAUUAUUGAAGAAAUCCGUUAAUAAUAGGUAUUUUUGAAGUUAAUUUGGAGGGCUACAGAAGAAAAAAACACUACAGCACACAGAGCAAUGGCAGUCAAGGCCAAGGGCCUCAAACCAGGGCCAAGAACCAGUAAGUUUAUAACAGUCCAACUUUUAGCCAGUAGUGUAUAAAAACACUGUACAAAUGAUCCAGUAUGAGUAUAUUUAAUGCAAGAAGCCUUAGAUAGGUCAACACUGAGUUUAUUUUUAAAAUAUGUUUAGCACAAUGUAGAGCACACAUUAUAGAUAAGAGCUAUUAAUAAGCAGUAUUACAGCAUCUACAUCAUAUCAAUAACAAUUUUGGAAGAUUAAACUAUGCACAAUAAAGGAAUACUGCACUUGUUUUCCACCCAAUUUUAGUGUGCAGCAUCUAUAGCAUACAAUCACAGUAAUACACUGCUUUUCACAACUGAAUGACUUUUUUUAGAUACUCAAUUGAAAUUUACAUACAUAAAAAUUUCACAGUCAUGCAAAAACCUUGUAUCUUCAUUUUUGUAAUUUUUCACUUUUUGAUCACGUAAAUCUAUUAUAUUAUAUAUUGUGUUUAAUAUUACAUUACAUAUUGUGCGUAAUGCAAAGUUAAAGCAGUUAUUUUGCUUCUCUUGCAAAGUUGCAAAUGCAUUUUUGAGAUACAAGUUUUUUGGUAUGACAAUAUAUUAUAGUGUACAUACAUACACACACAAUAUUGUGAGAUAUUGCUAAAAAUAUAUGUAUUUGUGUUACUGUUUGCAUUAGUUUGCAUAAACACAUCUGCACCUUUAAUUCCCUACAAGCACUGAUGGAGUCAUGCAUGUUUGAUCCAUGUUCAAAUGCAACCCUUUGUAGUAAUUAAUCUGUUCAUAUCUGUUUGUUUUAUUUGUUUUACCACAUUAAAAACUAUAAAGCAUG